AUGGAUCCAACAGCGGAGACGCCGCUCACCUCCCAGUCCAGGUUCAUCGAAGCAGACGACGACGACCUCGAUGAUAACGACAUCCCGGGAUUCACGCAGCCCUCGCUCGGCGGUACGAGCCCCGCCAUAGACAAGGGCAAGGCUCGCGCCCCGGAACAGCUAGGCCAGCCCAGCAGCGGAAACGGUGCUGCACCUCAGCUCUCUGGCAACAUCGGCUCGAACUCGCAGCCCCAGUCGAAUAGACAGACAGUUGGCGGGAUCCGCGUCGAAACCAGGUAUAACGGCGUGGACACGCUCGAUGAGCCCGUGAUGACCACCAUUGCUCGCGACCUUCUCUCCAUCUACUCGAAACUCGUGCAAGUGCUCUACCCUCGCCGGGCAUCAGGCCGUGAGGUUCUCAGGGACUGGGACCUUUGGGGACCCCUUCUGCUAUGCCUGGCCCUCGGUAUCAUGCUCAGCGUGAACGCACCACCAAGCCAGUCCCUCGGAGUCUUCACCAGUGUCGUGGUCAUCGUCUCCGUCGGUUCGUUAGUCGUGACAGUCCAAGCCAAGCUUCUAGGCGGCCGAGUCUCGUUCUUCCAAGGCCUCUGCACGCUAGGCUACUGCAUCGCCCCGCUCGAUAUCGCUGCCCUCAUAUCCUGCUUCGUCCGCAUCAUCUGGGUCCGCGCCCCCAUCGCGCUCGGAGCGUGGGCCUGGUGCAUCUGGGCGUCCGUCAACUUCCUCGACGGCACAAAAAUCGAGCGGCAGCGCAUUCUCCUGGCCGUAUACCCGCUACUGCUGUUCUAUUUCGUUCUCGCUUGGAUGAUCUUGAUUCAGUGA